AUGAAUAAUAAUUUUGAAGAUAAUGUUCCAUCCUUAAAUUCAAAUUCAUUAGUUGAUGAAGUUGAUGAAGAAUAUGAUUUUGAAAAAGAGGAAUCUUUCAAAGAUAAUUUAAAAAUGAUUGAGAAUGUUGAAACAUUAGUUGAACAAAUUGACCAAUGCUCUCCAUCUGUAAGAAAUUUAAUUUGGAAAGAAUAUUAUAGACAAUCAAUUAAAAAAGCAAAUUUAAAUAUAAAUAAUAAUAUAAAUAUAAAUAUAAAUAAUAAUAAUAAUAUAAAUAAUCCAACCGACCAACAAAAUUGUACAAAUAAAUUUACACCAUUUUUCCAAUCAUUAAUAAUAAAUAAAGAUUUCAUAAAUUAUCACAGUAUUCAAUUAUUAGAAAAAUCAAUUUCAAAAUUAAUUAAAAAAAAUGAAAAUAUUUUAAAAAAUACUUCACCAGAUACAUCAUCAUCAUCAUCUGAAAAUAAUAAUAAUAAUAAUUCAAUUUUAUCAAAUAUAAUGAUAACAUCAUCAUUAUGGGGAUACUCAUAUUCUUCAACUAUUCAACAAUUGGCAUUGAUUAAUUAUUGGUUACCAACUAUUAUUAAAUUAUCAAAACAACAAAAAAAGAGAAUUUGGCAAACUUGUUUAAUGUUUCCAUUAUUUUCACAACAACAACAAUUGAAUAAUAUCAAUGAACCUUCAUCAAGUGGUUACUUUAAAACACCAGAUUAUCAAACUAUCGUUGGUAAAUGGAUUGAAAAUCCAAUUGGAAAUUUAAAUCUUAUAACAAUUUUCUUUUCUGCCAUUGGUUUCCUAAUUGAAAUGGGUCAUUUAAAAAAUGAAUUUCAUUAUCCACAAUCAAAUGUUUUGGUUUUCCAAUCAUUAUCAAAUUCAAAACAAUAUCAAAAAAUUAUGAAUAAUAAUCAACAACAACAAUUACAACAAUAUAAAUUACAACAACAACAACAACAACAAUCCCAAUCCCAAUCUCAAUCUCAUCAACAAGUUAAACAACUACAACAACAAAAACAACAAAUUAAACAACAUCAAAAUUAUUAUUAUGAAUCUGAUGAUGAACAAGAAGAUGUCGAGAUUGUAGAUGAUGAACAACCAAUAAAUUAUAAUAAUAAUAAUAAUUAUACCAAUAUUAAUCAAAAUAAUAAAAGAUUUAAAAAAGAUCAUUUCCAUACUCAAUCUCAAUCACCAUCACCAUCCCAACAAAAUACACCAAAAACAUCUUAUGCUUCUUAUUCAUCACCAUCAGUUUCAAGUAUUAUUUCUGAUGACGUUCCAUCCAUUUCACCAAUAAACUCUCCAAAAAGAGAUUUGCAUAAUAGUGUUAUUAAUGGUAGUGCUCAUUCUUCACCAGUUUUAAAUUUUAAUAGUGCUUAUGAUUUUGAAUCAUCUUCAUCAUUGUCAUCCUCUUCAUUAUUAUCUUCCUCAUCAUCAUCAUCUCAUUUCUUAAAUCAAAACAACAACUGUAAUAAAAAACAAAUCACAACUACAACCACCACAACCACCACAUCUACAUCAUCACCAUCAUCUGUAAAUAGUAAUAAUAGUUUUGUUCAAUCAAUUAAUAGUUUAAUUGAUAAUGUUAUGAAAAAAGAUAAUAAUUCAAAUAUACUAUCAUCAUUAUCUUAUUCAAAGGGUAGUUUAAUUAAUAAUAAUAAUAACAAUAACAAAAAUGUAAAUAUGAAUAAUAAACCAACCAAUAAUAAUAAUAAUAAUAAUAAUAAUAAUAAUAAUAAUAAUAAUAAUAAUAAUAAUAAUAAUAAUAAUAAUAAUAAUAAUAAUUCAAAUUCAAAAAUUGUACAAUCAUCACCAUCUGGUUUGGAUUUACUUGAUGCAUUAGCAAUGACUGCUGCUUCUUUUGAAGAAUUAGAUCAUCAUCAUCAACCAUCAAAGAAAAAUUGUAAUGUCUCUUCAAAGAAUAAUAAUACUAAUAGUAAUAAUAAUCAAAUUUAUGAAGAUGACUCAAUUGAAUUCGGUGAAGAUUAUGAACAUUCUGAAGAAAUCGUUCCAUGUAAUAAUAGAAAUAAUAGACCAUAUGGUAAUUUUAUUGGUAAUUUUAUUGGUAAUAAUUAUAAUAAUAAUAAAAACAAUAGCAAUAACCCAAAUAACCAUAACAAUAGUUUAAAAAGAAAGAAACCAAACCAACAAACACAAAAUCGUCCAUCAAUGAGUAUUUUUAAUAUAUGUGCAUAA